UUAGUUUCCACUGAGCCUCGACGGGAACUCCAGCUGCUAUAAUUUUCAAUGUCCCUUUGUUUCUAGUGUAAUUCUCAGUUGGCAUUUUUGUUUUUUAUUUAUGUCAGAUUCUGGGACUAGCAUUGACAAUGAGUCAAUACCAACACGAGGAAUUCCUAAAGAGGCAUGAUGAUACCAUGUAGGCUGCAGAAGAAUGUUCUUAAGAGAAGCAGCUUCCUAUAGGCAUGUGAACUGGAGAAGCACCAGGAAAUCCCUGCAGUGAAAAAUAUUAGAGGAAAAGUUUCAAGAAUCCACUAUGAUAGGAAACCUUUUUAUUUAUGUCAGAUUCUGCGACUAGCAUGUGAAGAGUGUGGGAAAUGCUUCAGCUAUUUUUCUUAUUAUGUUAGACACCAGAGAAUUCACACUGGGGAGAAACCCUUUGAGUGCAAUGAGUGUGGUAAAGCCUUUAAUGUCAAUUCGUCAUUAAUUGGGCAUUGGAGAAUCCACACUGGAGAGAAACCCUAUCAGUAUGAAGAGUGUGGGAGAGCCUUUAAUAAUAACACAAAUCUGAUCAGGCAUCAGCAGAUCCACAGUGGCAGACCCUAUCUCUGCAAGGAGUCUGAAAAUGGUUUCACAAGUAGUUCUGAGUUUGUUAUACACCAUAGAAUCCAUACUGGGGAGAAACCUUAUGAGUGUAAUGAAUGUGGGAAAGCUUUUGUUGGUAGUUCACCACUACUUCGAUAUCAAAAAAUCCAUACUGGAGAGAAACCCUUUGAGUGUAAUGAGUGUGGCAAAGGCUUCGGAAGGACUUCUCAUCCUAGUCAGCAUCAGUGUAUUCACACAGGGUAAAAACCUUAUUCUUGUAAAAUAUGUGGGCAAGCCUUCAAUUUUCAAACAGAACUAACUGAGCACCAAAAAGUCCACAGCGAGGAGAAAUGCUUUGACUGUGUAGAUUGUGGAAAAGCCUUUAGUGCUCAGGAUCAAUUAAAAAGACAUCUUAGAAAACAUAUACAAGAGAUGUCCUAUGUUUGUGAUGAGUGUGGAAAAGUCUUUACUAGCGAAAGAAAUCUGCUUCAAUAUCAAAGAGUCCAUACUAGAGAGAAACCCUAUGAGUGUGUCAAGUAUGAAAAAACAUUUAGGACUUAUUCCCAGCUAGAUCAUGCCCACCCUGGAGAGAAGCCUGUGCUGGACAUUGGUCAUUUUGGCCUCCCAGAAUUUUUUACCCCCUUUUACUGGUAAUAGUACACUCGAUUUCCUUUUGAAAUCAUCUUCCACUCGGGUAGAAUGUGUGACACAGGCCCAGCUCAGCUGCAGAUCCCCUUCCCGCAAGAUGAUCCAGUUAGAAUCCCAGAAUUUGGCAAGAGUUAAGAGAAAGAAGAACUGUUUUCCUUGAUCUGAAAGCUGAGAGGAGCUGUUCCAUUCUUGCGGAGGCUGAGAAUAUCAAAUCGUCACAGCAAAAGAGAGUUAGAGAACGAUCAAAUCUUGAAGAGCUGUAGCUCUCUCAAAUCAAAGCUGUAGUUGCCACCUACACCGUAGCUCACGGCAACGCUGAAUCUGUGACCCCCUGAGUGAGGCCAGGGAUCGAACCCGCAACUUCAUUGUUCCUAGUCAGAUUCGUUCCCCCUGCACCGCGACAGCAACUCCGGGUGCAUAGUAAAUCUUUAUCUUUGGAAUUCUCUAUAUUUUGAAACAGGGUGAUAGGCAGAGGCAAGCAUGAGCUGGGGCUCAGCGCUAUGUGCCAGAUAAUGGCUAGUUGCAUUCAAGGAAAGAUAGAAUGAGACAGGGUUUAGAGGGACCAUCACCAGGUGGGAAAACAAAUUUUUGAGUUCUGACUCAGCACCUUGGAGAGCUCAAAAUCACAUAGCACCUUGGACAGCACCACACUUUGCCUAUUUCCUUCUGCAGUGGACUCCUUGAAUCCAUGUUGCAGUGGAUUCUGCUAAUUUCCUGAGAUGUUUAACUCCCCUGUGCCUAACAGUUGUAAUCCCCUAAAGGGAACACUCUUUCAGAAGGUUCUUUAUGACAGUAUGGGGCUGGGAUUCUUUUCCUUCUGGUUGACUUAAGCAUCAAGGCUCACAAUUAGACUCUGUUGGAAUUCUGGUUUUGAGACCCAGUAUCUCUGUAUUAUUCCGGGAGCCAACAUCCUUAAAGUUAGGAGCAAAUAUCUGAUGCCUGAUUGUGCUAUGUAGAGAAUACUACUCAGGGUUCUUCCUAGGCACAUGUAAGAAACAAGCUGUUAGUGAAAAAGUGUGGAAGAGUAUAUGCUGAAUUCAUUUGGAGACAAGCAGCUUCUUAUCCCCUCUCCUCACUUGUUACCCUCCCACUAACUUCUUUUCAGAAAGAGUGAAUUGGGUUUGCCUUCACCAUGGCAAAAGCUUCUGAAGUUGGUUGUUAGCAAGUUUUAGUGAAAAUCAAGCCAAACAAAAUUCUGAGGGAGCUUGCACUGUAGCCUCUUUCCCAUAAUUGCAGUAAUAUAGUUGCAUACUUAUGUACUAUUUAUCCCUUUACUGAAAAAUACGUAAGGGUGAUCAGUCAGAUAUACAGUUCAGGUGGAGGAGGAAAAAAGCUAACGUUAAUCGAGCCAGUAUUGAAUCCCAGGUCAUAUAGUGAAACAAUACGUGGUAUUUACAACUAGGUACUGUUAUCCCAUUUUUCAAAAGAAUAAGUUACAGAAAAGCUAAGUGAUUUCCCAGUGUCUCACAGCUGGUCAGUGAAGGAACCAGGAUUCCUCCCUUUGAUAUCCACUAAAUUAUAUUGCCUCAAAAGCUAGCAGCUAAGUAAUUCGAACUUACUGACUAGACAGCACUAAGUUCUUGCUAAUUUUGGCAGUUGGCCAUACUUUCUUAUGAGCUAAUUGUUUAAAAUGAUCUUGUAAAUUAUGUCUUAUCCAAAAUUUCUAGAUGCUAGUUUAUAGCAUUCACUGCAUUGCCUGAAAGGGAGCCCUGUCUAAUAAUUUUGUCCUAAAAUAGUUGCUGUGAGAUAAUAAUAUCACUAUGCCAUUUCCCCCUUUAAUUUAGUACUUCUCUGGCAUAUCUUUCUUCCAUUCUUUACUUUUCAAUCAUUUUUCAUUCUUAUGUUUUAGUAGUGCAAGUAUAUCUCUUUUUCCCUAUGUGAAUUUUAGAGUCAUUUUCACAGUUCUAAGACAAACUCCAAUGGGGUUUUAUUUGAGUAGGUCACUUCCUUCCACUUUAUUCUCUUUUUAAAAAAUUGGUUGAAAUUGCCAUUAUAGGUAAGGCCAAAAUGAAAAUUUUUCCUAUUGAAAAAUCACCUGUGCCUUUCUAUUUGUACAAGCUUUCUUGUUGGUUUAGUCUCUGAGUAUUUAAAUUUUUCUUCAACUAUGUCUUGAACACUUAUUAUUAAAUUUAACACCUAAAUAUUUUUGGCUGUUUCAUUACUUUUUUGAAUAAGAUUUCUCCACAUGACAUAAAGCUGGGCAUGUGAAGCCAGGCAUGUGCCAUCGACAUGGAGACCUGACAUCAAGCCAGACAUGUGACUGUGUUUCUACACACAGUAAGUUGAAUGAUCUACUGAUUUAAUUCACAGUAUAAAUAAACGAAGAUGUUGUAAUAUUGAAACAUUCUUGAGCUCUUGGAAUGAACCCCAACCAGGCCCUUACUGUUUUCCCACUAUUUUCAAGAGGAAACAGGCAGAACUAUCUUUACUCCGUCAUCUUGAGACUGGCAACACCAGAAGAGACUUUUUACUAUGAGAAGAUCAUCAGUUUCCCUGGCAGGCAAGGAGAAAGGGCUUUAGGGAAUCUUUGGGAUUGCAGGAACAGAGGGUCCGGAAGAACAAGCCUUAGAGCUGAGUGUGAGGAAAUGUGGCUGCAGGCCCAGCAUUAAAGAUGGACUUCCAGAACACUGAACUAUGAGAGCCAACUUAAGUUGUUUACUGUUGUGUGAUUUUUCCACUAGCCCUCAUUUCUAGGAUUAUUGUUUAGGGUAUGGGCUGCUAGGGCUGAUCUUCCAUCCCCCCAUCUUUAUACACAUGAUCCAAGAUGCUCACACCCCUGUCAGCAUUCCCUUGAUGAGAGGCCAGGGAGGGCAUGCCCCUUCUCUGUAGCAGCACAGCAUUGCUUUUUAUUGUAGCCCAUUUGCCAGAAGUUAGUCACAUAUUCACACUUGGCCAUAAAGUAGGCUGGGAAGUGUGUUAUUUUCUCUGGCUCUUUGCCUUGCCAGAGAUUCUUUUAUCUAUAAAAGGGGAGAAUAGAGGUUGGCAGACAAGGAGUGGACGCUGCCUCUCCAGGCCUUCUGUGGAGCCUUAGUAACUUGGCCUGCACCUGUUCCAGCACUCUUAGAAGUAGGAGCUUCAUAGUUAUUUAGAAGGACUUAUUUUUUUACCUAUAAAAUUAGACAGCUGGUUUAUGAUCCAACAUUUGGGACCAUCAUUUAUGUGACACUGUGGUCUAAUUCCUUCUUGUUUAUUUAGACAAGGCUUCAUUCCUAGCUAAAGAUCUGCUUUCUGAGCUUAGGAAGAAAUGGAAACAGCACUUCUUGCCAAGAGCAAUGUUAUCCCCAGCCCAUUCACUGUGCUCAGUCAUGAGACCAUUUUACUAUCUGAGUGAGAUGAGCCAUUUAAGGCGCUCAACUUGGGCAACUGAUGAUCAGGGUCAGGGCAAAUCAGAGAAGAGCUCCUGGUCAGUGUCAUGAGCCCAGGUAUAAGAUACAGCCUACCUCUGGUUGCACAGAGGUAAAGAAAGGUUCUACCGAGGAGUUGAGCCUGAAGCCUUUGGACCUCUUCAACAACCAAUGUUGGGAUUUCCCUGUGGCACAGCAGGUUAAGGAUCUGGUGUUGUCAUUGCAGCAGCUCUCUUAUUCAACACCAUUAUCUCCAAGAGCACAAGGCCUGGCACAUAGGAGGCAUUCAAUAAACAUUGUUUUGUUUGUUUGUUUGCUUUUUAGGGCUGUACCUGUGGCAUAUGGAAGUUCCCAGGCUAGGAGUCGAAUCAGAGCUACACCUGCCAGCCUACGCCAGCCACAGCUGGUCUGUUGAAGUUCCCCACCCAGAGCUCAAACCCACACGGCAGCAAUGACCAAGCCACAGCAGUGACAAGGCCAGAUCCUUAACCUACUGAGCUUCCAUGGAACUCUUGAAAUGGAUACUUUAUAAGUUAUUUUCAUUUACUAAGUGAAUGUUAGUACACAACAUUACUUUUCUGGGGGUCAGGGGGUACCGCAGUGUGUAGCAGCUUGAUGUAGGAUCUCAAUUCCCAGAGCAGGGAUUGAAGCCUGGCAGGAGCGGUGAAAGUGCCCAGUCCUAACCACUAGACCACCAGGGUACUUCCAUAUUACUUUUAAGAAUGCAGUUUGUUUAUAUUGUCUAUGAUCUUUUUUUUUAGAUUUUUAUUUUUUGUAUUGUAGUUUAUUUUCAAUGUUCUGUCAAUUUCUGCUUUGUCUAUGCUCUUCUAAGCCACUGUCUAUGCCUUUCAUGGCAGGAGAGUAUGGUGGUCAUUAGGAAAUACUUGUUCCAAAAAGGGGCCUUAGAUUUGACAGCGUGCGAUCCAGUCCAGAGACUCCCAGAUCUGGUUGCAGCUGCAGCUUUACUAAAUGACACAGAUCUCCAGCGCCACCCUGGGCUUGGGCCCAGUGCUAACGGUGGCGGGGACUAGGGCCUCAGAAUACCGGAGAUUCCGUGCAGGGGGCGGGGCCAGAGCACCGGCGAGAGGGAGCGGCGCUGCUCCUAGAGAGGCGCCGCCGCGGCCUGGUGACGCACUUCCGGCAGCGCCUAGGAGCUGUCGGCAGCAGAGCACCACUGCUUCUCUCAGAGGGAGACCAAGUGCUGGCAGCCAUGCUUCUGACAGCCUGGCUCCAGGGCCUGAGCCAUGGAAUUGGCCCUAGGGCAGCAGGAAACUGUUGUUUCAGAAGUUGGUGACCUUCGAGGACGUGGCUGUGUACUUCACCCAGACGGAGUGGGACGGCCUGUCCCCUGCACAGAGGGCCCUGUACAGGGAUGUGAUGCUGGAGAAUUAUGGGAAUGUGGCCUCCCUGGGAUUUCCUCUUCUCAAGCCUGCUGUGAUUGCACAACUGGAGGGAGGAGUUGAGCUGGGGGGCCCAUCUCCACUGGCUUCUGGAACAGGCUCAGGCCCCGAGGACCUCUGGACUGAUAUUGAGAUCCAGACUGACAAUAAUUUGACAGAGGACAUGUAUGAAGAAAAACAUAAUACAUCAUUUGAACUUCAAAGGGACUUUUCCCAGGAAACAGACUUUUCAGAAGUCUUUAUUCUAGAGAAACACCAGGAAGUCCAUUCAGUAGGAAGUAUGAAGAAAGAAAACAGUGAUGUUGAUGGGACAGUUGAAGACAAUACAGGCCCCAUGGAGGAGUGUUUCUUUACUCAAAGUCCAAAUUUGGAUAAAUGUCAUACCAUCUCUACUGGGGAGCAACCCCUGAGUGUAAAGGAUUCAAGAAAGUCUUCAGCUUUGACACAAAACUUAUGCAGCAUGAAAUAAUUAAUUUCAGGGAAAGACCUUUCAAGUGUGAAAAAUUAAUGGAAACCUUUAGGAGUAACGCUCAGCUUAAUCAGAAUCAAUAUAGCUACACUAAGGAAAAGCCCUAUCAGUGUAAGGAGUGUGGCAAAGCCUUUAGUGUUAAUGCAAAAUUAAUUUGGCAUCAAAGACUUCACAGUGGGGAGAAGCCCUUCAAAUGUGUGGAGUGUGGGAAAAGCUUCAGUUAUAGUUCCCAUUAUAUCACACAUCAGACAAUCCACAGUGGGGAGAAGCCAUAUCAGUGUAAGGUGUGUGGUAAAGCCUUCAGUGUUAAUGGGAGUCUAAGUAGGCAUCAGAGAAUCCAUACAGGAGAGAAGCCCUAUCAGUGCAAGGAGUGUGGGAAUGGUUUUAGCUGCAGUUCUGCAUAUAUCACGCACCAGAGAGUCCAUACUGGAGAGAAACCUUAUGCAUGUAAUGACUGUGGGAAAGCUUUCAAUGUUAAUGCAAAAUUAAUUCAACAUCAGAGAAUCCACACUGGAGAGAAACCUUAUGAAUGUAAUGAGUGUGGGAAAGGCUUCAGGUGCAGCUCCCAGCUUAGGCAGCAUCAGAGCAUCCACACUGGAGUGAGGCCCUAUCAGUGUAAGGAGUGUGGAAAAGCCUUUAGUAAUAAUGCAAAACUCAUACAGCAUCAAAGAAUUCACACAGGGGAGAAACCCUAUGAGUGUACUGAAUGUGGAAAAGCCUUUAGUGUCAAAGGGAAGUUAAUCCAGCACCAGAGGAUCCACACAGGCGAGAAACCCUAUGACUGUAAAGAAUGUGGGAAAGCUUUUAGGUGUAAUGCCCAGCUUCGGCAACACUUGAGAAUCCACACUGGGGAGAAGCCAUAUGAAUGUAAUGAAUGUGGAAAGGCCUUCAACGUUAAUGCAAAACUAAUGCAGCAUCAGAGGAUUCACACUGGGGAGAAACCUUUUGAAUGUAAUGAGUGUGGGAAAUGCUUUACUUCUAAAAGAAACCUACUUGAUCAUCACCGAAUCCACACUGGAGAAAAGCCUUAUCAAUGUAAGGAAUGUGGGAAAGCCUUUAGCAUCAAUGCCAAACUAACUAGGCACCAGAGAAUACACACUGGGGAGAAACCUUUCAAAUGCAUGGAAUGUGAGAAAGCAUUUAGCUGUAGUUCUGACUAUAUUGUGCAUCAGAGAAUUCAUACUGGAGAGAAACCCUUUCAAUGUAAGGAGUGUGGAAAAGCCUUCCAUGUUAAUGCCCAUUUAAUUCGGCAUCAGAGAAGCCACACUGGAGAGAAACCGUUCAGAUGUGUGGAGUGUGGCAAAGGCUUCAGCUAUAGUUCUGACUGUAUUAUACAUCAGACUGUCCAUACGUGGAAGAAACAUUAUAUGUGUAAUGUGUGUGGGAAAGCCUUCAGAUUUGGCUUCCAACUUAGUCAGCAUCAGAGUGUCCAUAGUGAAGGAAAAUCCUAAUGAGAAGGAUGUAGAAAACUGAAGGUUAAUGCUGAAUUGGAUUAAGUAUCCUCGGAUUCUCUUAGGGUGAAAAACCCUGAAAAGGAAAUGAAUAUGGCAGAGUCUUCACAAGAAAACAAAUCCUUUCCAUUUGAUUCAAUAUAAAAUUAGGAAUAAUGACCAAUUU